UCAGGCACUAGAGAGGCAGGUGGAGUCUCCGCCGUUGCCAUGGAAUCUGAGAGGAUGGGCUGUCCGGCCGUUAGUGGGAGGGAAGAAAUGCUUCAUUUAGUCAUCAUAGGUUAGGUACACAAGCCUACACCGACUCCAAUCUCCCUUUGGGGAGAGUCCUCUUCUCCGGCAAAAGGAGAGAAAUAGGGAACUUCGGCGGCUUCACUUUGCUUACUGCGCAGGCUCUUAAAGAACGAGCAUGCGCAGUGGGAAAGAGUGUAUGUGCUGCUGCUGCCCACAGACUGGCUGAGAGCAAAGUAGGGAAAGCCCGGGGGGCGCCUAAGACAUCACAGUGGGAAGCGGGUGGGCAAGGUGAAUCAGGGCUAAAAUUGAAUGAGCACUCGGCCUCGAAAACUAUGCCCCUGAACAUGUGCAAAGGGUAAUUUCAUCCCAUCAUCACUCCCGAGUAUCCUGCAGCCGCACACAAAGGAGUCUCUACUAGGUGCUCUUGGGCAGCUCCCUCCCCACUACUGCCUUGUGCCGAUGAUUAAAUUGUACAAUAAAAGCAUCGAAAAAGCUAAUUGAGGAGAAUUAAAACAAAGGACGAAAAUGGGACUAGAAAGGCGGGGCCUGAAGCUCCACCAAUCAGCUUCACAGAAGCUCACAGCUUUACGAAUCACAGCGCAAGGAGGAAUAGAUCCCUCCUCCUUAUAUCUACUCUACUGCCCGACGCGCCGGCUUGAGGGCGGGGUUGCGUUUUGGCGUCACCGACCGGAGCCUAGUUAUAGAACUUCCACAGCGCGAGAUGUCGUUGCCAUGGCGACCCCGGUAACCCUGAGGCGGCUGUCGCAGGAGGCGGCGGUGCUCGCGAACGUUGUCCGGGGCUCCCUGGGACCCCACGGAGGGCAGGUCCUGCUCACGCGCCCGACGGGGGAAGUGCUGCUCUCGCGGGACGGGCGGCGCGUCCUGGAGGCUUUGAACGUGGAGUCGCCAACGGCCAGAAUGAUGAUUGCAUGUAUUUCCACACACUGCAGUCUUACUGGAGAUGGUGCUAAAACAUUCAUCAUCCUACUCUCUGCUUUACUCCAAGGACUUGAAAAAUUGGGCAAAGGAAAUGGUAUUCAUCCUUGUGAAAAUAUUCAAAGAAAAGAGGAACAUAAAGAAAAGUGUUUCGGAUUGAAGCAAGUUUCCCAGUUCCUUAUGAUGAUCCAAACAUACGUCCUGGACCACAUAGUGACACAGAACCUUAAAGAACAUUUUCUACCCAUCCUUUCUGUUUGUGAUACAGAAAUAAGUAGGAGCACACUGGAAUCGGUAUUAGAAGCUUAUUUUUGUGGGAAAGUAGGAAAUAACAGACAAAAGUUACUUUCCCAGUUAAGCUGUAAUUUCUACUUCAAACUUACAGCUGAUAAAAAUAGGAGUGAAGUACUGUAUUUGGUGGAUGAAUGUUUUGCCGAGUUGCAUACUACUGUAACAGGCCUUCCUGUUUCAAGUUCAAGGAUCCUAGAUGGGCUUGUUCUUCACAGAGAUUUUGCUGUUUUCUGUCCUGCAGAUGGUGACAAAAAAGUUCUACUUGUAACAGAGCCUAUCCAGUCUGCUCUUUCUGACUUAGGUGUAGAAGUUGUCAUAAGUGCUGACAGUCAGUAUCAGGCAUCGGAAAUCUGGAUUACAAAAAGAACAGAAGCUGUUAUAAAACACAUGAAGGACAAUAACAUCAAGAUAUUAUUGUCAAGUGUAAAACAACAGAAAGCUGUUCAUUACUGUGCAGAAAAUAGUGGCAUAUCCAUUGUAGAAUGUCUGUCACAAGAGGAAAUAUCUUUUAUUUGCAGGAUCACAGGAAUUUCACCUUUUAGGCCAUCUUUGGACAAUAUUCACAGUGAAAUCACUGAAGUUGCCAUAGCAGAUUUUUGCCAAACUCUACGGCUUGGUGCCAGAAGUUAUGUUCACAUUGGUUUGAAGAGCACUCAUGCCCUUCAGCUCCACUGUGCAGUUCUCUGUGGACCGGUACAUGGGAUUACUGAGCAACAUGCAUGUGCUUUGCAUGGAGCAUUCAAAAUGUUAAAACAAAUGUUUACAGCCAUUCAUCUGACUGAGCAUUGUGACCUGAAAUCUCAAAGUCAGGACCUUUCACAAGCUGCACAUAAUAGCCAGCAGUGUUCAGCUGCAGAGCAGCAUUUUGUGGAGGAGCAUACUGACAUGAGUAAGGUUCCAGCCAGUGACAAGCUGUUGAGACUUUGUGGGAUUGACACAGAUGAGCAUUCUGCAGUUUCUACUUCAGUGACCAGCAAAGAGGUAGCAUUUCCAUACAUGCCCUUCCGUAUGUUCUCAGGUGUUGCCAGGUCCUUUGUAGAUUUACAGCAUGAUGCUAGAUGUAGGGUGCUAAAUGAAAGUGAAAGUAAUUUAGUUGGCUUACAAAAGCUGCCUCAGAAAUGCACGGAUCAAAAAGAAAUGCUUGAAAAUAAUCUGUGUGUUUCUGCCACAGUAGAAGAAAAUGCCACUUGUAGGCAUGUACCUGAUCAGCUACAAUCCAGUAAACACGGCUGUACUAGACAAGUUCAUGGAGUUCCACUUAUGUGUAAUAUUCAGAGUAAUUCUUCUUUAAAGGUGGGCUCUGUUGUGCCAGUAGGUGGAAUCUUUGAGAUCCUGCUACAUUACUAUCUGUCUUACUAUGCAAAGCAAUGCCAGUCACCAAACAUAUCAAUUCUUUGUACUCUAAUUGCUGAUGUGUUGUUAAAUGUUCCAAAGACCCUCUGUAGGACACAGAAAAGGAAUGCUUUUCCUCAGCUCUAUCUCAAAGUUACCCAUGCUGUCAGAAAUACUCAGCAUCUGCUGACAGAUCAAAAAAGCCUAGAAUCGGUGACUUGUAAGUAUCAGUUAGUGGUUUCCGUUCUUCAUUGUGCAGCAAGGCUUCUUAGUUUUGACUUGAUCAUUAGCAUCAAGAGAUUACCCCAAAAGUCUGAGGAGAGUGACUCAGAGGUUGAACUGUGAAGUCGGGCUUCUAGUCAAGCAGGUAUGACAUCUGGUUGCCAGAACCAGAUGUCACUCCAUGAAAUUUGUUGUAAAAGCAGCUGGAAUUACUAGGCAUUAUGCGAAAAUUAGAAAUAAAACAGGCCCUGCCCUCAGGCUUGCAGUAAAAAGAGAAAUAUAUGGUACAUUAGGAAGAACAGGGAACGUAAAUGGAUCAGGAAAGCCUGGUCAAAAGAGACCAUGAGAAGAAUCUUAAUUUAGCCAUGCAGAAUGGCUGGUUACUGCUAGAGCAAGAACGAAAGAACUAGGCGGCAGUUGGGCCAAAGUGCUCAUGGAAGGGGCUCCACUACCUCUGCUAGAUGGCAGAGUUUAGCUCUUUGAGGUAAUCCCAAGUGGGGCUAGCUGGGAUCUAGGGCAGGCAGUCUGGUGGAAAGGGCUUCAUCCUCUUUGUCUUGCUAAGCUACAAAACGACUGCUGAUGAGUGGUUCUGGCAUACUCCUUUCCACUGUACCCAAGCACAGUAGUGAUGAAUAGAGCUACUGAAAGAGGAGAGCUGGUCUGGAGAGGAGAGCUGGUCUUGGACCAGCUAAGCAGGGUCCACCCUAGUCACAUAUGAAUGGGAGAAUAGAAAUGUGAGCACUGUAAGAUAUUCCCCUCGGGAUGGAGCCGCUCUGGGAAGAGCAGAAAGUUUCAAGUUCCCUCCCUGGCUUCUCCAAGAUAGGACUGAGAGAGAUUCCUGCCUGCAACCUUGGAGAAGCUGCUGCCAAUCUGUGAAGACAGUACUGAGCUAGAUAGACCAAUGGUCUGACUCAGUAUAUGGCAGCUUCCUAUGUUCCUAGUUGCUUCUGGCCUUGAUUUCUUUAUCUCCUUAGUAGCUAACUUUCUCUGUCCUCCCAGCUCCUAGGGAAAAUUAGCCACUAAAAAUGAGAGGAGAGAUAGCCCGAGAAAAGUCAGGCCGCAGCUCCUUCAGUUUUAGCUCUAGCUUUCUCUGCCUGUCAGCAAGGCAGCCUUCAGAAUUCUCAAUAAGCAAGAGUUCUCAUAUAAUGUGUAGCCAGGCUUUUAUUUACAUGUCUGAGAUUUCAGUCUUUGUGGAAUCCAAAUGUCCUUUCAUGACGUUGCAAAGUUUGGUGAUCUACAGGAUACAGCUUUUCCACUGGAUCUAUAUUAUUUUCACCAUUUCAUUAGAAGCAAAAUUAAAUUACUUUAAAUGCA